UCGCCACAACACGAAACAAGCAAGUAGGGCGAGGCGAAGCGACGGAUUUUCAGCAAACGCACAGACAAAGCCCAACGAUAAUGGCGGACUCUAAGGUUAUCGACCGCAAGGUGACGAUCCUUCUGCGCCCCAAGGACGCCGACAGCGCGAGCGGCGCGUCGUUCGAGGAGUGCCUGAAGCUCGCCGAGGAGUUGAAAGAGGUCUCGCGGCUGCCCGCGUCCUGCCGCCAGUACGUGGACAAGAAGGCGGUCCUCCACCAGGCUUGCGAGGGGAUGACGGGGGACCAGGUGGCGCAAGUGUCGGUGGCCCGCAACAGCAAGAUUGGCCGCAACAUGACCCACGCCCAACUCCAGAGGCGAUUAACCGCACGCGAGAACCCGCUCCGCAAGAACAGCCGGAAGUGAAGAUUUACAGCGGCAUCCGGCCUCAAAACCGGACCAGAAAGUACUCACAACCUUGCCGCAGAAGAAAGACACGGCGACGGUGAAAGAAAAAGGCGGAAUGGUGGAGACGCACGAGGGCGCAGCCAUAGGGCGGGGAGAGUGGGGGGUGACGCGCCAUGAGGAAACAAAGCCGUACCUAUCACGAGAAAAACGGCAGGGUUUCGAGCAUGGGAAGAGGAGUAGCAGGACGACGAGGGUUUGGAUGUGUUGAGGCUUCUUCGGGGUGAGGGAAGCACAUCAUAAAUGUUUGUUGAGCGAACACGAGCGGAAUCGUGGGGGAGGAACAGCUGAGAUGCGAGAUAAAGAAUUCCGUGGGGGGCAUGAGACUUGUCGCACAAACCUCGUUUUGCCUGGCCGGUGGCAUUCGUGCGUUGUUGUUGUGCAAAGAUGGGAGGGGUUGGGGGUGUGUGGGGGGUUUCACAGAAUCGCGUGUCGUUCCGUGCUGUAUAGGUUGUUGGUUGGCUGGCCGUUGUUGCCAUCAACGGCUCGCCUGUCUCCUUCUGCUGUGUGAGCGGAGGCGCUGACGUGCUUUUGUGUGUCGUGCCCGUUGCUUGGGCAUCGUCUCUCUUAGUUUAUCUAGCCCGCACGUGAUCUGUGUGGUCGCUCUGCGCCAUACUCUCGCGCUUCGCCUCUGUGCGCGCGACCCGUUUGUCGGCUCUCGUUUUGUCUUCGGCAGCCAUCUUGCGGAGCGCGUGGCGAGCGGUGCGGCAGUGUGACUAUAAAGUACCAGUAGCAGAUAUCGAUGUUAACAACGACGCGCAUGAAUCGUAAGGGCCGGUACGUGGGCAGUGGGCGUUUUGUUUUCCUCGCCUAGCUAAGGUGGGUUUUGGAGACACAGGGCAAGGGGAAGGUUCCCCGUUGUCUGAUUUGUUUUCGCCUGCCAUUUGCAUGACAGGGCGUGGAAUUUCUGGUGUCCAGUACAUACGUGAGGGAAACCAGACGGCGCGUAGUGCAUUGCCAGUUCAUCCCACGCGCAUGCACCCUCAUAGACCGGCCUAUGCGGACGCGUUUAUGAUACUGUCGUCGAGAGACCCCGCCAAUAGAGGGAGCCCCGCAGUGUGUGCGUGUGCACCCCCCCUCCCCCCACCGGUGUGUGCAUCAGUGUGUGCGAGCCGUUCCUCUCGGAUAUUCUGCACUCGCUUAAAUCCGAGGUGUGAUGGUUGGGCGUGCCGGGUGGGGGGGGGGGGGGGGGGGACAUAGCUGAUAUGCCGUCGCGUUUUCUUGGAAAGUGGUUUGAUUCGACAUGCCCACAAGCACGGACUGAAGAAUGUUUGAUUCUGGUGUUGACUGCUGCCGCUGGGCCAAUUGAGGUAGAUAGAGGCGAAAAUUGAGAGGAAAUCGAAAUCAACGGGGAACCGAGGUGAAGAGAGGCGAAAAGGGAG